AUGAGUGCCAGUAAAUCUCAAAAUGGUCAACAUGCUCGACAUGUCCCAACGAGGUCUUCUUCCUGGUCCGUCGGAUUUGACGACGAAAACCAGUCAGAGCUUGCCAGAAAUAGGAGUAAUGCUAGCACUCCUGCUAUAGACCUUGACAAACCACUUCCACCAAUCCCCCGAGUGGAGCAACGUACAGUUGGUAAUAAUGAGGAACCUGGCCAACAUUAUGAUAUGUCCUCUACUGAUCACCGCGACUUUGCGUAUACCCAAGGUGGCAGUGCCCAGGCACCCAACAUCAGUGCAGCUCAAUUAAAACCGGCAAAAAAUCUUCGCCGGCCUCGCCGCUACGCCAUAGUAGGGCCAGAAACGCUAUUUCAAGGUGCCCCUAUUUCUUCAACCCCCUCUAAGGGCUCCAACAAAUCUAACAAUGCUGAUAGAGCGGAACAACACAUAGCAGCCAUCUCAACUACUCCCUCUAAGGUCAAGAGCGAGGAUAACAGUGGUAGCGGUGACGAGGUAGAACAUCGUCAUCCAGCCGUUCUUCGCCCCGGGCAGGCUGCUCGGUCUACAACAGCGAGAGAUCAAAGUACUAAGCCGAUGUCAGAACACUCCAGCCGUAGUGGUUCAGGGCCGCAAAAGGCAUCGUAUGCUCAGUCCUCUCGCUGUGACCAGGAUGCUACACGCCCAGCUACAAAGUAUUCGGCUUACCGUCCUGACCGGUCUGGGAUGGACCAGAGGUCACAAGGGCAUGUCGUCCGUUCCUCGGUGAGUCUCCAUGGUGCCCCAAGCGCUCACUAUAAAGAUGCUGAUGAGGAUGAUGACGAUGCGCGGAGCGCCUACAGUAGCGCGACAUACUCAUGCACCCCUCGUCGUACGGACUAUAGUUCUUCGGCUGAACAGGACUCACUCUCAAUACCCUCAAAUGACGUCUCAUCCUCGCGUGACGUAACUUACGUCGAUGGCGUUCCCUUUGAAAUGGUCUCGGCACCUGUCACCCCUAUUCCCUCCCCCACGCCUGUUCCCACUCCCAUGGCCCCAUCUCCCGCUCCAUCUCGCGGCCGCGGACAGCACGUUUCUUCUAGAUCUUCGCGUACUCAAUCUCGCUCGCCAAGUCCGGCGUACGGAGCAUUGACACCUCACCGGCCGCGCCAAACGCAGCCAUCUUUCUUAGAACGUGCACAAGAGCGUCUCGAGAACAGUGUUAACAAGCGUCUUGUGAAAGCAGGUCUCCGGACCCCGCCUAGUUUCAGCGUCCUGAAAGUAGAAAAGUCUCCUUCAAGCGCCUCGUUGAUACCGCAGGAGCAAGAAAACGCCACUUCAUCGCCAUCAUUGGCUGAAACAUCAUGGCGGGCCCGGAUAGAGAGGCUUCAAAAACGGAGCGAGCAACCCCCUAUCCUACCCCCUCUCCCCAAAAAGCAGCGGAGGAGAGACAGCUGGGAGAUCAGCAGUGAGAGUGAGACCGAGCUUAUGUCUCGCAACGCGGUUCCUGCCGAUGCAGUUAGGAAACGGCUGAACUUGCGCAUCAACAUUGAUGUUGGUGACGGCGCGAUAGCUGAUGUUGCACAGUCACAAGAGCGAAGUAAGCACUUUAUCCCGCGAAAACCUGUUGGUGACGCUGAUAGUAAUACUUCCACGGAGUACAGCGACGACUCUUUAUUCCUCGGCCGCGGUAGCACGAAGCGUAGGGAGAACAGCUCGUUCUUCGCGUCAGAGUAUGCUCGGAAACGAGCCGCUAGUAUGGCGAGAGGCCAGACUACCGAGCUCAGUCAAGAGGAAAACGGAGAGUCGAAGAAAGCUCAAUCUUCAGCACCACUUUCGAGAGAACAGCUUCAGUUUGCUGCUCUGCCAUCGCCGGUGGAGGAUCUGCAUAAGCCUUUCCCGUUCGAUGAUCGUCGCGACUUGCCGAGCCAGACACUGCAGCAUACCUCGGCGAAGAAGGGCGGCAUGCAGUUGAGAAAGCCCACGGAUUGAGCUCGUCAUAUUGUGUGUCGUGCUGGGCGUUGAUUGCUCAGCGCUGUCGG